GAUUCCAUAGGACCGUGCAUCUUGACAGUUACCAGGCAGGCACUCGUGCGACCUGCUGCAAGCCGAGUUCACCAACCACACAUUGCGCGUCAAGAAUGCAGGCCCUCUCGCAGCGCUCAGGGUCACUACAACGAUGCUCUUCACGUAGCGCAAAAGCCGGGCGCAGGCGCUGUCGCCCGCUGAACUCGCUCAUCACUCCUAUUUCCCUCGUCGCGUCGGAGCCCAGCGAGCAGUCCCCUUGCAGCACCUCGGGCUCCAGCACAACCGCAAACUACGGCUGGCCGCGGGGGUACCUGGUCCGCGCGAACGCGGCCAAGGGCUUCGGCGCGGGCUUCGGCAGCAAAUUCAAGCUGCCGUCGCUCGGCGGCAAGGGCCCCAAGGUGCCGCAGGGCGGCGUGGCGCCCGCCCCCGCCGUUGACCUUGACGUCCCACCCGCCAUCGCCUCGCUGUGGGCCUCGGCUCAGGCCGAGUGGCUGCAGUACGUGGUGGAGCGCCCGGUGGUGCUGCCGGACGGGGCCGAGGUGUUUCUGGUGCCAGUGGGAGCCGACCUGCCCGGCGACGCCGGCCUUAUCCGCGACGUGGUGGCGGCGGUGCGGCCCGACGCCAUAGCGCUGGAGUCGCAGCCGCAGCACCUUAAGUCCUACACGGCCAUGGCUAAGGCGCUGGAGCCGCAGCUGUCGCGGCUGCUGGCGGCGGACCUGUCGCGCAGCCCUGCGGAGGGCCGCGGCUGCCUGGGGCAGGCGGCGCGGGAGGACGUGCAGGUGCAGCUGCUGGCGGCGUGCCGCGGCGCCAGCGUCAAGCCCGACCCUGACCAGCUGAGCUACCUCUUCCGGCUGGGCUCCCUGCCCUUCGCCGAGUGGGUGGUGCCGGCCCACCUUGUGCGGACCGCCUCCGCCUCCACCACCGCCUCCUCCGCCGCCUCCUCGCCGCUGCUGCUGCUGUCCUGCGGCCUGGACCGCGAGGCGCGCGCCGCCGCGCCCGCCGUCAACCCCUACCUUGGACGCGAGUUCGACCUGUACCUGGAGGAGGUGGAGGCGGCGCUGGGCGAGGAGGGCGGCGCCGAGAUGGAUGCGUGGCGCACGGCGCUGGGUGACAAGCUGGCGGCGGCGGGCGCCGGGCGCGAGCUGGCGACGCUGUUGGCGGCGUGGGAGGGGCAGUGCUGCCUGGGCCCGGCGGCGCAGCGCGGCGUGGCGGAGCGCGUGGCGGCGCGGCUGGCGGAGGAGGCGGGGGCGCGGGCGGGGCCGGGCGGGGUGACGCUGGAGGUGGUGCGGACGCCGGCGGACCCGUUGGUGGCUCGGCGGCUGGUGGAGCUGGCGGCGGGCAAGGACGCGGUGCGGCCCAGCCGGCGCAUUGUGGCGGUGGUGGGGCGCGUGCACGUGCUCAGUGUGGAGCAGGAGCUGCGGCAGCUGGCGGGCGCCACACAGGCUUGAGAGUUGGGCCGGAGGCAGGGGCGCAGGCAGGGGGUAGGGUUUGUGAGGGCGCAGAGCGUGCAGGAGUGGGCUGUGAAGGUCAAGCCAUGGCUGGAACGUAGGCUGGGAAAAAGGCAGGCAUGUUGUCAGCGCCGAUGUGAAGAAAGUCGCGUGGGCAGGCGUGCGCCGCUCGCAACAAACUUUUGCAGUGUGUUUUAUGGUGAGGGGCUGCAGACGCAAGUGUUGCAUGUGAGAGAAGAGAGAGCUGCUCGUGUCGGGAUCUUAACGAGGCAUUGCAUUGACAGCGGAUUUUACGAGGACGUGUCAGGUGUUUGCUAGCUGCAAAUUGCGCUGAGCCGGUGGCGAGGGACACACUUUGACAGGACUGGACAGGCACGUGUGAACACUACAUGGAACUCAACUGUGAUGGUGUUGGGCUGUAUUUUUGCUCGUGACCGUGCCAAGAGGUGGAACAGCAAUCCAUCCAAAGCUUACACUGUGUUGAACAAUACGACUCGUUGUCCCUCAAGUCUAAUCCGCCCG